AAUGUUAAACAAUAAAGUUGCAAUUUUACACAAUUAAAACUAGUUAAUUCACAAGCGCAUUAAAUUUAAGCGAUUUUCAAGGUUAAAACACGACUGCGCAUUAAAUACAACACAACAACGUUAGCGGAGCAGAGUUGAAGUCGGUGCACUUAAGAUUUUGGUGUUUGUUGUUGAUUUCGCUUUCGCACAUUUUCACUGUGCAGCUGCGACGGCGACUGCGACGGCCAGCUGUAAUUGUUAUUAUAAUAACAACAACAAGGAAACAUAAUUUUCGAGAGCUCAAUUGUUUUCUUUUUCUUCCCUGCUCCGCUUUUUACUUCAAACAGACGCAAAAGCGCCCCAAAAAUUAUUUAGCAAAUAAUGUCAUCAUCUUCGGCGUCCGGGCCAGGCGCUCGCAAGCAGCCCACGGCCGUUUCUCGCAUGAAGCAGGAUUAUAUGCGUCUUAAGCGUGACCCGUUGCCGUACAUCUCUGCCGAGCCGUUGCCCAAUAAUAUACUGGAGUGGCACUAUUGUGUCAAGGGUCCGGAGGAUUCGCCGUACUUUGGAGGCUACUAUCAUGGCACACUACUCUUUCCCCGCGAAUUUCCCUUCAAGCCGCCAUCGAUAUAUAUGCUAACGCCAAAUGGACGCUUCAAAACAAACACUAGACUGUGUUUGAGCAUUUCAGACUUUCAUCCAGACACAUGGAAUCCCACUUGGUGCGUGGGCACAAUACUUACUGGGCUAUUGAGUUUUAUGCUGGAGAGCACACCUACACUGGGCUCCAUUGAAUCGUCAAACUACGAAAAGCAAAUGUUUGCACAAAAAUCGCUUGCAUUUAACCUGCGUAACGCCAACUUCUGUGAGUUGUUUCCGGACAUUGUCAGCGAGAUUAAGGAACGCCAAGGAACGCAGACUGGCAGCGCCACAUCGAAAACAGGCGCAGGUGCUGCUGGCAAAAGUGCAAAUGGCCUGGCUAAUGGCAAUGCAGCCAAAGGCAGCUUAAAUCAAAAUGAUAAUGGUCAACAAGCCGCGGUAACGGAUCCAAAUAACACUGAAGGUCUGGCAGCAGCUGCAGCUGCGGGUGCUGAUGCAAUUAGUGGUGUAGGUGGUGGUGCGGCAGCUCUACAUAAUAGCGCACGAAAUUCCUAUUUAAAUUGGCAGUCGAUUUAUUCGAAUCUGGUGAUCAUAAUCUGUUUUGCAAUAUUUGCACUCAUUGUUAAUUACGUGAUCAAGAACCUGAAUCAGGAAUAGAAUUAACUUGUAAGCAAUCAGUACUAAAUAGCCUCUGUAUUUAUAUAUAUGUAUGUAUAUGCGUAUGUGUGUAUAUUUAAUAUAGUUUACUUAAAAUUAGUUCUUUGUUUCAGCGCUCAAAAAAAAAAAAAAUCAUAAAUUGUGCACUGCUUGAAAAGUAUUUGCCAAAGACACCGCUUACCGCCCCCCAUGCCCCUAGCCUUCCUCUCUGGUCUGAAGCUAUUGGCAUUAAUGUGAACUAUCAAAUUCAACUUAUCCAACAUAAAUUGUUUUGUUAUGUAUUCAUUAUUAGUGUAAACUAGUUAUACCGAAGAUAAACAAAAUACUUUAACUUCAAAACACAUACACAUAUUUUUAUGAAUUAGUAAAGAGUAAGACAUGCGCAUCUACAAUGUAUAU